GUUAUGCAUAGCGGCCUCUGUCCAGCGGCCUAAGCCCAUUACUCUGAGGGCCCGGCAUGCCUCGAGGCGCGAAAGGCAGCCUGGGAGCUGUAGUUCUCCUGGACGCCUACCGGUUUUGCCAACGCAGCGGUAGCGGCUUUCUUGGCUCCAGCCAGCGGCUCCUGUGAGAGCGAGCUGAGGAGAGAAAGGGCGCAGAGCUGGAAAAGGGUGAGUCAGACACGGUCUACGCAAUAAAGGGAGGUGGCACCGCGGAGUGGGGCUGAAUUAGUAAAUGGACACGUGCUGCAGUCUCUCCGGAGACACCCAGAGCUUAGAGCCAGUGAGCGGAGGCUGAGGAGGAGCCGGAGCCGGUCCCGCGCACCUGUUCUCGCCCGGCACCCCGCCGCCAUCGCCACCAUGCAGUCCCGGGAAGAGGCCCCGCGCUCUCGCCGCCUGGCCAGUGCCCGCGGUGGGAAGCGGCCCAAGAGGAUUCACAAGCCCACAGUCUCGGCGUUUUUCACUGGCCCAGAGGAGCUGAAGGACACGGCCCAUUCGGCCGCCCUGCUGGCACAGCUCAAGUCCUUCUACGACGCGCGGUUGCUGUGCGAUGUGACCAUCGAGGUGGUCACGCCUGGCAGUGGGCCUGGCACCGGCCGCCUCUUCCCCUGCAACCGCAACGUGCUGGCCGCCGCGUGUCCCUACUUCAAGAGCAUGUUCACCGGCGGCAUGUACGAGAGCCAGCAGGCGAGCGUGACCAUGCACGAUGUGGACGCCGAGUCCUUCGAGGUGCUGGUGGACUACUGCUACACGGGCCGGGUGUCCCUGAGUGAGGCCAACGUGGAGCGCCUUUAUGCGGCCUCUGAUAUGCUACAGCUUGAAUAUGUGCGGGAAGCCUGUGCCUCCUUCCUAGCCCGCCGCCUGGACCUGACCAACUGCACUGCCAUCUUCAAGUUCGCGGAUGCCUUCGGCCAUCGCAAGCUCCGAUCCCAGGCCCAAGCCUUUAUAGCCCACAACUUCAAGCAGCUUAGUCAGAUGGGCUCGAUUCGGGAGGAGACUCUGGCAGAUCUGACCCUGGCCCAGAUGCUGACUGUCUUACGGCUAGAUUGUCUAAACAUAGAGCAAGAGCAAACAGUGUGUCAUGUGGCGGUGCAGUGGUUGGAGGCAGCUCCCAAGGAGCGGGGUCCCAGCGCUGCAGAAGUCUUCAAGUGUGUGCGCUGGACACACUUCACUGAUGAGGAUCAGAAUUACCUGGAAGGGCUGCUGACCAACACCAUUGUGAAGAAGUACUGCCUUGACCUUAUCGAAGGAGCUUUGCAGCUGCGCUAUGGUGACAUGUUGUACAAGUCUCUGGUGCCGGAGCCAGAGACCAGCAGCAGCUCUGUUGUAUCUGCAGCAGAAAAUCCACCCCAGAGGUUGGGUGUGUGUGCCAAGAAAAUGGUGAUCUUCUUUGGUCACCCUAGAGAUCCCUUUCUGUGCUGUGACCCAUAUUCUGGGGACAUUUACAAAGUGCCAUCACCUGUGACCUGCCUUGCUCACACGAGGUCUGUAACUACCUUAGCAGUCUGUGUUUCUCCAGACCAUGACAUUUAUCUAGCCGCCCAGCCCAGGAAAGACCUCUGGGUGUAUAAACCAGCCCAGAACAGUUGGCAGCAACUUGCAGACCGCUUGCUGUGCCGGGAAGGCAUGGAUGUGGCAUAUCUCAAUGGCUAUAUUUACAUUUUGGGUGGGCGAGACCCUAUCACUGGAGUUAAAUUGAAGGAAGUGGAAUGCUACAGUGUUCAGAGGAACCAGUGGGUACUCGUGGCUCCACUACCCCAUUCUUUCAUCUCCUUUGACCUAAUGGUAAUUCAAAACUAUCUUUAUGCUCUCAACAGUAAGCGUAUGUUCUGCUACGAUCCUAGCCAUAAUAUAUGGCUGAAGUGUGUUUCUCUUAAGCGCAAUGACUUUCAAGAAGCUUGUGUCUUCAAUGAUGAGAUCUAUUGUAUCUGCGACCUCCCUGUCAUGAAGGUCUAUAAUCCAGUCCGAGGAGAAUGGAGGCAGAUAAAUAAUAUUCCCAUGGUGUCAGAGACCAACAACUACCGGAUUAUCAAUCAUGGCCAAAAAUUAUUGCUGAUCACCUCACGCACCCCACAAUGGAAAAAAAACAGAGUGACAGUAUAUGAAUAUGACAUUGGGGCAGACCAGUGGAUUAAUAUAGGUACCACAUUAGGCCUCUUCCAGUUUGAUUCCAACUUUUUUUGCCUCUCAGCUCGUGUUUAUCCCUCCUGUCUUGAGUCUGGUCAGAGUUUCCUCACUGAGGAAGAAGAGGUUCCUAGUGAGUCUAGCACUGAAUGGGACUUAGGUGGAUUCAGUGAGCUGGAUUCUGAGUCAGGAAGUUCAAGUUCUUUAUCUGAUGAUGAUUUGUGGGUACAGGUAGCACCUCAGUAACUCGGGAUAAGCAGAGCUCUAGAUAUGUGGAAACCCUAAGGUAUAUUUUUUCUGGUUUGGAAAGUUAGAUACCUUUUCCGUUCUUCUGGAGAAAGGAAGGUUGAUUCAUUUCAGGUUUGGUCUCAAAAGGGUUUUGUUGGAAACAGUAAUGUAAUUUUAUGUUAAAGAAUCUAAACACGCAAAUCAACCUAUUUAAAUUCACUGUUCUACAAGUCCAGCAUUGAUUUGAUUGUUUAGUAUACUUAUGUUUAUUUAUGUUAAUAUAUUAUUUUGUUUAUGUUAUUUAUAUUUAUUUGUGUUAAUUAUUACUGUUUAGUGCCACAACUACUGUAACUUGAAUUUUAAUUUUCAUAACAGAAACUGAUUGGGUAGGUUUUAUUAGCUAGGGUUUUGAAAGUAUAUAUUUUCCUUCAGAAUAGUGUAAUAGAGUUCCAAAACUAUAAGCUAGUCGGGUUUUACAAAAUAUGUUCUGUGUUAUAGUUUGCUAAGUUUUCGUUUCCUUCCUUUUCGUGGAAAAAAAAUGUUUAAUGUGACUGAAUGUGAUUUCAUUUGCUGUAUAAUGUAAAAUGGCUAUAAGUUCAAAGAAAAAAAAACAAAGUACAAAUGAGUAUAAACAAAAACAGGUUUAUACUGUUUGAAAAGAUAUUUCAGUUUUAAUUUUGUAAUAUAAAAUGUGUAUUUACAAAAAAUGACCAAUUCUCCAUCUAAAAAUAUUUCAUUCUAGUAGUGUCAUCAGUUAUCUAAAACCUUAAAAAACAAAACAGUAACUUGGUUUUUGGUUCAUAUUUUUUUAUCUAUACUUGAUAAAUGCUUCAUUGAAUCAGAGGCAAAAUACUUUUUUUUCCACUGGACAUGAUUGUGUACGUUUUUAUCCAUUGUCUUAUAAAAGCUUAUGUGAUUAUAAAAUAUUUUUGCUGUACAGUUUUGUGUGUUCAUCUUAGAGACUUUGUCAACAAAAUAUGUGAUUAUUCUUUACUGUUUUGUGAGGUAAUAUCGACUGUGAAAAUAUGUAUAAGCUAAGAACAGUAUUUUAUUGAGAUAAGUAGUUAUUGUGUCUAUCAAUUAUAAAAUCAAGUGCCAGCAGAGAAUUUAAAACUCUAAGUUGUGUAUAGAACUGUUUUGUGUGGUAUUGACAUAUUCUGUCAGUUUUGUAAGUUACUAAAUGUUAUUAUCAGCUUAAAGGUAUUUUUGUAUUAAAAGUUUACAGUUAAAUAACGCAGGUGGAUGAUGGCAUUUGAGGCCAGUAGUGAAAGUAUGUUUUGUCUAAAAUAUUUCCCUAAGCAAUGGUAUACACAGCUAUUUUAUUAAGGUAUUUGUAUCUGUUCUAUGUUUCUCUGUGAACCAUGCUCCAGUCUUUGUUUCUGUCACCAUAUCUAAAGGAAAGUCCAGAGAGACUAAAUUACACAAUGCUGAUGUUGUUUAAUAUGAGUAGAUAUAAGUGCUUACCUCUUGAGGGUUUGUUUACUAGAUAUGGUUCUCUAAGUCUAUGAUAUUUAUACAUGAUAAAUGACCAGAUGUUUGUAAGUGUAUAAAUUUUUCCAUAUCCAGUAAUAAUUAUCUUUCUGAAUCUUCAUUCAAUAACAUGGUGAUUCCUCUUCUGUGUUUCUCUAGUGACAAAAUGGUAACAUUUCUUACACUCUGGUAAAGUACAGAGCUAUGUGCUCUUGGGCUGAAUUUUUAAAUGAAAUACUGUGGGAUGAAUAAAAAUCAAGAGAGGGAGACCCAAAAAGUUUUCUUUGCCCCUCUUAAAAAAGGUCUUCUUAGCCAUUUGAUUGGCCACUUGAAGAUUCUACAAAAUAUUCCUGUUAAACGUUUUUAGUAAAAUAAGAUUCUUGUCCUAGCAGUAUGUGUUCCUUUAAACCGGCAAAUAUGCUUUUAGUUGUCUACGACUAUAUUUUGUUCCAUAUGACCACAGGGUUGUUAUAGCACUAUACUUGACAAAACUGUUAUUUAUUUAUUUAUUUAUUUAUUUUGCCAACUCUCUUUACCAGUAACUUCUUGUGGAUAGCUUUUUAUUUUGUCAGAUUAAAUAGGAUAGUGAUGCUCUCAACUAGAUUAUCCAUCUGCAGAAUUAAGUUAUGCCACCAAUUUAUAAAAGACAAAUUUUCCAAUUUAUCAUUUUCAGCCUUUCAGUUAAAGCAUAUGCGAAAUAGUAGUAAUAUCUUUGUUUACAAAGAGGUUUUCUGGGAAGAAUUUUGGCUUUGUGAUGUGUUUGUGAUUAGGGAAUAGAUGUUAAUCAUUAUUUUAUAGAUAAGUGAUUUGUAUGUGAUUAAUUACAAAUAAAACUGCUACUAGAACCCAGACUUCCUGACUUUUUAAUUCGGUGUUUCUGCUAAAUGUAUAAAACCCUUGCUUGCGCAGUGAAUGACACAAAUGACAUUGUUGAAAUCCCUUCUUACAAGAAAGCACCGUUGUCUCAAUUUUCUAGUUAAUCGGCACAUCUUUCAGCAAAUGCUCAUUAUAAUGUUGUUUGCAGAACUACUUAUUGGUAAGAUUUAGAGUGACCUUAAUUAUCUUUUAUAUCUGUGCCUGUAGUCUGAACAGUUCAAAGAAUCCAAAAUUUUCCUUCUCUUAAUUUCAAAUGAUAGGUAGCAUUAGGGUUUCGAAAAGGAUGAAAAUUAAGUUAGCAAUUGGCUUGUCUAAAUAUGGAUUAAAGAUUAAAAUUAAGUUAUAAUUGCUUUUUAUCAUUUUUAGUUGAAGAGGAAUUUAGGGGGGGAAAUGUACCUGAUUUUGUUUAGAAUGUGG